CAGCUUCAUUGAAUGUAUAGGCAUGAAGCCGGCGGAAACAUCCUAUAAAUGGAAGUUGCGACCCGGAAAUCCGGCCGGAAACAUGCAUAAAGUAUAACAAGAAUGAGCGCCUUUAUGAUCUUCAUACUACCAUCAUGUUCUCCUCGUUCUUUUCCACCGUACCUCCGGUUGACCCUAAAGCACCCAACUUUCAUCCGGUGUCCUCAGCGAACCCUGCAACUGAGUUGUUUGGUGAAUUAGAGCCUAAGGAUACAGAAUGGACGUGCCCCGGAGGCUUCGCUGUGGAAACUCAGGUUUUCUAUAAUUUCCUAGAGGAUGGCUCAUCCUUGAUGUGCCAGGUCAUUCAUUCUUCCGUGGGAGUGUGGUAUCCCACGAUCCAGUUCACGUUCAAGUUACACAACCCUCAAACCAAGGAAACAACGUGGCGGUCUGUCAAUGUCACCAACUUUGUCACACCUCCUCCAGGACUAGACAAGCGUUCCUGCAAAGCCGACGAAUUCAUUAUUACCCACAAGUCGAAUCCAGGAUCAGAUACCCCCGAGUCCUAUGUUAUCCGAGCGAACCUCUCUGAUGAUCUUCAGAUCUCUGUGGACAUCACUCGUCCUGCAUCCGUGCCAGGAUGGAAGGUCGGCAAGGGACCCAAAGGAGGAUUUUCGUAUUUUGGUCCUGACCAGAACAAUGCCGAGGGUUACGUUGUGCAUCGCUUCUGGCCUCGAACCAAAGCGACCGGCAUUGUCGUGCUCAAGGGCAAGGCGAUCAGUGUCAGUGGUUCUGGUAUGUUCGUACAUGCCAUCCAGGGCAUGCGACCCAACCUCGUCGCUUCACGAUGGAACUUUGCUCAUUUCCAGAGCGAACAGCAUGGAGGUGUAUCUGCGAUCCAAAUGGAUUUCACUACCACAGAUUCUUAUGGUAGGAAGGGUAGUGGUUCCGGUUUCGUAACAGUGAGCGUCGGUUCGCUGGUCUUGGGUGGGAAGCUGGUCGCAGUCACUGCGGAGACCAGGUGGCCAGAUGAGCCUCUUCCCGAGAAUGCCGUUGUGAUGUCGAGAGCCGUACAUAACAAGCUGGAGAACGAUCCUGAUACUGGCUACGAUGUGCCUACAGAGAUUGUUUUCCGAUGGGCGGGACCAUCCAUUAUAGCCGAUACCCCGGGGUCCAUCGAGUCCACAUUGCAAGUCGAGUAUGGUUCGCAUGCUGCUUCCAAAGGGCUUAUUGAGAAGGUCGAUGUUCUUGCGGAAAUUCCAUAUGUCAUUAAGACUAUGGUCAACUACGUUGCUGGGACGAAGCCCUACAUCUAUCAGUGGUUGAACCCGACAACGCUUGUCGUCACUGGUCCCGACGCUUUAAUUCCUGGAUUGUCCGGAGGAUUAAAUAUCGAGGGAACGCUGUACAACGAGGCAUCCUACAUUUCGUAAAUUCACACUGUUGUAUAAUGACCCUUUGCCAACCACAUACAGUAACGAUACGAUACGACCUUCACGAAUAGAUGACUGAAGUAAUCCUUCCGUACCACUGACUGCACUCAGGGGCAUUGACUCUCACAUGAUAUUGGAUUGUCUAUCACCUUGCUAAGCAUUUCAUAUUCGCCAAAGAUGCGCCGCCUGGGACCGCUGUACAUUUGUGAUCUGCUGAUUUCU